AUGGAUCAGUCUACACGCAUAAUCAAAAAGCCAUGGAUCGAGACCCCGAUCAUUGAGUCGUCCACACUCUCCAAGCUCGCAGGAUGUAGAAUCUUCCUCAAACUCGAGCUCCUGCAGCCAUCCGGCUCUUUCAAAUCACGAGGAGUCGGCAACCUAAUGGUCCAGGCCCUCAAGAACCCCGCCACCAAAUCCAAAACAGUCCACUUCUUCAGCUCCUCGGGUGGAAAUGCAGGCCUCGCCGCCAUCCACGCCGCCCGCGAGCUCAACUGCGCCUGCACCGUCAUCGUCCCACACAGCACAAAACCAAUGAUGAUCGCGAAGCUCCACGCCGCCGGCGCAACAGACGUAGUGCAGCACGGCGCAAGCUGGUUCGAAGCAGACACAUACCUCCGCGAGACCUUCAUCGAGAACCAGCCGCCGGCCUCAGAGAACGCAGCCAACGUCUACGUGCCGCCCUUCGACCACCCCGAUGUCUGGGACGGGGCAGCGACGAUGGUCGACGAGAUCGCGGCCCAGUUACCCGUGCGGGAGGCAGGUGGUGCACAAGUAGCUGGGGCAUUCCCGGCCGAUGCGAUCGUGUGCAGUGUCGGCGGCGGGGGCCUGUUCAACGGGAUUGUCGCUGGACUGGAGAAGCAUAUGGAUGAGUUUGGAAGUGGGACCGAUAUCCCCGGUACGAAGAAGGUGCAUGUUUUGGCUGUGGAGACGAAGGGGGCGGACUCGCUGGCUCAUUCUUUGCGGGAGAAGGAGCUGAGUUCUUUGGAGGCGAUUACGUCGCAGGCUACCUCGCUGGGCGCGCUGCAGGUAGCUAAGAAGACUUUUGCUAAUGCUAGGUAUCCGCCGCCUGGUGUGCAGGUUAGUAGUGUUGUGGGAUCUGAUGCUGAAGCUGCGAGGGGUAUUUUGCGAUUGGCGGAUGAGACGCGGUUGCAGGUGGAGCUGGCUUGCGGGAUUAGCUUGGAGGUUGCUGUUGCUGGGCGGUUGAAGGCUGUUAUGCCGGAUCUGGGUCCUGAUAGUCGGGUUGUGGUUAUUGUUUGUGGUGGAAGUAACAUCACGUCGGAGAUGAUUGUGCAGUACAGGCAGCUUCUCGAUGAAGGGUGGGAAUAA